AUGCGGCAGCUGUGCCGGGGCCGCGUGCUGGGCAUCUCGGUGGCCAUCGCGCACGGGGUCUUCUCGGGCUCCCUCAACAUCCUGCUCAAGUUCCUCAUCAGCCGCUACCAGUUCUCCUUCCUGACCCUGGUGCAGUGCCUGACCAGCUCCACGGCGGCGCUGAGCCUGGAGCUGCUGCGGCGCCUCGGGCUCAUCGCGGUGCCCCCCUUCGGCCUGAGCCUGGCGCGCUCCUUCGCGGGGGUCGCAGUGCUCUCCACGCUGCAGUCCAGCCUCACGCUCUGGUCCCUGCGCGGCCUCAGCCUGCCCAUGUACGUGGUCUUCAAGCGCUGCCUGCCCCUGGUCACCAUGCUCAUCGGCGUCUUGGUCCUCAGAAACGGCGCGCCCUCGCCGGGGGUGCUGGCGGCAGUGCUCAUCACCACCUGCGGCGCCGCCCUGGCAGGAGCUGGCGACCUGACGGGCGACCCCAUCGGGUACGUGACGGGCGUGCUGGCGGUGCUGGUGCACGCUGCCUACCUGGUGCUCAUCCAGAAGGCGAGCGCCGACACGGAGCACGGGCCGCUCACCGCGCAGUACGUCAUCGCCAUCUCUGCCACGCCGCUGCUGGUCGUCUGCUCCUUCGCCAGCACCGACUCCAUCCACGCCUGGGCCUUCCCGGGCUGGAAGGACCCGAGCAUGGUUUGCAUCUUCGUGGCCUGCAUCCUGAUCGGCUGCGCCAUGAACUUCACCACGCUGCAUUGCACCUACAUCAACUCGGCCGUGACCACCAGCUUCGUGGGCGUGGUGAAGAGCAUCGCCACCAUCACGGUGGGCAUGGUGGCCUUCAACGACGUGGAGCCCACCUCUCUGUUCAUUGCCGGUGUCGUGGUGAACACCCUGGGCUCCAUCAUUUAUUGCGUGGCCAAAUUCUUGGAGACUAGAAAGCAAAGCCACUACGAGGACCUGGAGGCGCAGCCCGGGGGAGAGGAGGCGCAGCCAAGUGGAGACCAGCUGCCAUUCGUCAUGGAGGAGCUGCCGGGAGAGGGUGGAAAUGGCGGGGCAGAAGGUGGGCAGGCAGCAGGUGGCUCCGAGCAGCAGAGCGGGCAAGGGGCGAGGGCCAGCCGCAGGGGAGUUCCGCUGGUGGCCAGGAGCGGGCCGAUCUCAGACAGCUCUGAAGAAGGCAGCAAGAGAUCCCUAAAGGAUGCGUACUUGGAAGUGUGGCGGUUAGUUAGGGGGACCAAAUAUAUGAAGAAAGAUUAUUUGAUAGAAAACGAGGAAUUACCCAGUCCUUAGACAGGAGAUGCAUGUGUGUGCAUCUGUGCCUACAGUUGUUUUGUAUGUUAGAAAGAACAUGGGAGGCCUCUUGGUUCUAGAGAGGUGGGGAAGGGAAGCAAAUAAAAUCAGCACCUGGGUGGAUCUUUCAGCGCUGCUGUGCCCAAGGCGUGGGAGAGUUGGGAGGCUGCUUCCCAGGGUCAGGCAGGGGUUUUGGCUUCAGACUCCCAGCACGUUUAUCUCUUGUCAUUCUAACCAUAACCUCGUAUCUGCAUGUACCAAGAGCUUGCCAGCCACCCUCCCCAAAGAGGGGUGUGGGACCCACGACUGCACUGAAGUUCAAAGAUUGCACCCAGGGCUGCAUUUUUUGAUGAGAGAGCCACCGUUUGUACUGCCGGAUGGGUGUACAGUGUGUUGUUGAAAUGACAGCUAUAAGUGCGUGGAAUUGAUGUUUACUGUUUAUAGUCAUCUGAAAUAUCAUGUUUAC